GCGCCUGCCCUUGGAGAAAGUGGAGUGUGGCGCUUGGUUGUCGUUAUUUCUUCGGACUGCUUCGCGGUGCACGGAUUCAGCUUCUGCCCAGUGGGGCUUUCAGCUGUUUGCGCGUCUCUCUGUUCCCCCCUCCCCCGGCACACCUCUGUCUACGAUGAGGAAAGGUCUGCGGGCGACAGCGGCCCGCUGCGGACUGGGACUGGGAUACUUGCUGCAAAUGCUCGUGCUACCUGCCCUGGCCUUGCUCAGCGCCAGCGGCACUGGCUCCGCCGCCCAAGACGACGACUUUUUUCAUGAACUCCCAGAAACUUUUCCUUCUGAUCCACCUGAGCCUCUGCCACAUUUCCUUAUUGAGCCUGAAGAAGCUUAUAUUGUGAAGAAUAAGCCUGUGAACCUGUACUGUAAAGCCAGCCCUGCCACCCAGAUCUAUUUCAAGUGUAAUAGUGAAUGGGUUCAUCAGAAGGACCACAUAGUAGAUGAAAGAGUAGAUGAAACUUCCGGUCUCAUUGUCCGGGAAGUGAGUAUUGAGAUUUCGCGCCAGCAAGUGGAAGAACUCUUUGGGCCUGAAGAUUACUGGUGCCAGUGUGUGGCCUGGAGCUCAGCGGGUACCACAAAGAGCCGGAAGGCGUAUGUGCGCAUUGCAUAUCUACGGAAGACAUUUGAGCAGGAACCCCUAGGAAAGGAAGUCUCUUUGGAACAGGAAGUCUUACUCCAGUGUCGACCACCUGAAGGGAUCCCAGUGGCUGAGGUGGAAUGGUUGAAAAAUGAAGACAUAAUUGAUCCCGUUGAAGAUCGGAAUUUUUAUAUUACUAUUGAUCACAACCUCAUCAUAAAGCAGGCCCGCCUCUCUGAUACUGCAAAUUACACCUGUGUUGCCAAAAACAUUGUUGCCAAGAGGAAAAGCACAACUGCCACUGUCAUAGUCUAUGUCAAUGGCGGCUGGUCCACCUGGACAGAGUGGUCUGUGUGUAAUAGCCGCUGUGGACGAGGGUAUCAGAAACGUACAAGGACUUGUACCAACCCGGCACCACUCAAUGGGGGUGCCUUCUGUGAAGGGCAGAGUGUGCAGAAAAUAGCCUGUACUACGUUAUGCCCAGUGGACGGCAGGUGGACGUCAUGGAGCAAGUGGUCUACUUGUGGAACUGAGUGCACCCACUGGCGCAGGAGGGAGUGCACGGCGCCAGCCCCCAAGAAUGGAGGCAAGGACUGCGACGGCCUCGUCUUGCAAUCCAAGAACUGCACUGAUGGGCUUUGCAUGCAGACUGCUCCUGAUUCAGAUGAUGUUGCUCUCUAUGUUGGGAUUGUGAUAGCAGUGAUUGUUUGCCUGGCGAUCUCUGUAGUUGUGGCCUUGUUUGUGUAUCGGAAGAAUCAUCGUGACUUUGAGUCAGAUAUUAUUGACUCUUCAGCACUCAAUGGGGGCUUUCAACCUGUGAACAUCAAGGCAGCAAGACAAGAUCUGCUGGCGGUACCCCCAGACCUCACGUCAGCUGCAGCCAUGUACAGAGGACCUGUCUAUGCCCUGCAUGAUGUCUCAGACAAAAUCCCAAUGACCAACUCUCCAAUUCUGGAUCCACUGCCCAACCUGAAAAUCAAAGUGUACAACACAUCAGGUGCUGUCACCCCCCAAGAUGACCUCUCUGAGUUUACAUCCAAGCUGUCCCCUCAGAUGACCCAGUCGUUGUUGGAGAAUGAAGCCCUCAACCUGAAGAACCAGAGUCUAGCAAGGCAGACUGAUCCAUCCUGUACCGCAUUUGGCAGCUUCAACUCGCUGGGGGGUCACCUUAUUGUUCCCAAUUCAGGAGUCAGCUUGCUGAUUCCCGCUGGGGCCAUUCCCCAAGGGAGAGUCUACGAAAUGUAUGUGACUGUACACAGGAAAGAAACUAUGAGGCCACCCAUGGAUGACUCUCAGACACUUUUGACCCCUGUGGUGAGCUGUGGGCCCCCAGGAGCUCUGCUCACCCGCCCUGUCGUCCUCACUAUGCAUCACUGCGCAGACCCCAAUACCGAGGACUGGAAGAUACUGCUCAAGAACCAGGCAGCACAGGGACAGUGGGAGGAUGUGGUGGUGGUCGGGGAGGAAAACUUUACCACUCCCUGCUACAUUCAGUUGGACGCAGAGGCCUGCCACAUCCUCACAGAGAACCUCAGCACCUACGCCCUGGUUGGGCAUUCCACCACCAAAGCGGCUGCGAAGCGCCUGAAGCUGGCCAUCUUUGGGCCCCUGUGUUGUUCCUCGCUGGAGUACAGCAUCCGAGUCUACUGUCUGGAUGACACCCAGGAUGCCCUGAAGGAAGUUUUACAUCUUGAGAGACAGAUGGGAGGACAGCUCCUAGAAGAACCUAAGGCUCUUCAUUUUAAAGGCAGCACCCACAACCUGCGCCUGUCAAUUCACGAUAUCGCCCAUUCCCUCUGGAAGAGCAAAUUGCUGGCUAAAUAUCAGGAAAUUCCUUUUUACCAUGUCUGGAGUGGGUCUCAAAGAAACCUGCACUGCACCUUCACCCUGGAAAGAUUUAGCCUGAACACAGUGGAGCUGGUUUGCAAACUCUGUGUGCGGCAGGUGGAAGGAGAAGGGCAGAUCUUCCAGCUCAACUGCACCGUGUCAGAGGAACCUACUGGCAUCGAUUUGCCGCUGCUGGAUCCUGCGAACACCAUCACCACAGUCACGGGGCCCAGUGCUUUCAGCAUCCCUCUCCCUAUCCGGCAGAAGCUCUGUAGCAGCCUGGAUGCCCCCCAGACGAGAGGCCAUGACUGGAGGAUGCUGGCCCAUAAGCUGAACCUGGACAGGUACUUGAAUUACUUUGCCACCAAAUCCAGCCCAACUGGCGUAAUCCUGGAUCUUUGGGAAGCACAGAACUUCCCAGAUGGAAACCUGAGCAUGCUGGCAGCUGUCUUGGAAGAAAUGGGAAGACAUGAAACAGUGGUGUCCUUAGCAGCAGAAGGGCAGUAUUAACCACCAUCCUAGAAGGGGAAAUGAAGGACAAAAAUGCACAGGGAGUCUGUGGCCGUCCAGGGGAAUCACAGUGGAGGAGGAAAUCCAGACGAGACCAAUGCGCUUCACAGGCAAGACUGCAGCAGGAGCCAGAAGGAAAACAGAUACAACUGCCAAUGUACAUGCCCACUUUACUCGGACAUCAUCACGGGAGUUAAGAAAAAUUGUGUAAAUGUGUACCUUGAAUUUAGCUAUCAACCUAAUUUUCCUAUUAGUUGGGCUGUAUGCUGUGUGGUACAGGAUCUUACAGUUUCCUAGGAAACGCUUUUUAUUGCUAUCCAGAUAUAUGGAUAAACUUUCUUAACAAACCCAAUUUCUACAAAUGUUGUUUACAUCAAAUUGGACAGGGAUGCAGACACUGUCCAUGGCUCGUUCUAUUUUUGUUCAAAUCAUUUGAAGUUGAAGCUGUGGACGGUUUGUUGUGUCUAUUUCAGAUUAGUAAUUUACAGAGAAAUCAGACUUUUGCUACAAAUCGUGUGCAUCAAGUGUCUCAGAUAAUCCUCCCAUCAGUGUUCUGUUUCUAGAACUUGUAGAACCAGUGUUACUGUUCGUAUCAGGGAAGUGGAGAAUCUAAGUGUAAAAAAGAAGUAACUAAGACUCCUAUUCCUUGGAGGGACCCUUCUGGUGCCCUUUGGGAAUAAAGCUGUAGCAUUGC